AUGGCGGUUUCAGCUAACGCCUCUCAAUUCCCUCACCCCCAAAACGUUCCAAACCCUCACUUCCCCAAAACCCACAACCUCCAAACCCUCAGCUUCUCCACCAACCUCCAAACCCCCCAUAUUUCUUCCAGAAAAAUCCAGGAAAUCACUGUCUGCAGCACCUCCUCCGUCGCCACCACCACCUCUCAGAACCCCAACUCCGACUUAAACGAGCUCUGCCGCCAUGGGAACCUCGAGAAAGCUCUCAAGCUCUUGGACUCCAUGCAGGAGCUUCAAGUCAAAGUGGAUGAAGACGCUUAUGUUGCUCUGGUUAGGCUCUGCGAGUGGAAGAGAACGCACGAGGAUGGUGCUCGUGUGUACAGGUAUAUAUCGAAUUCGAUGACCCUUUUGAGCGUUAGGCUUGGGAAUGCGCUGUUGAGCAUGUUUGUGAGGUUUGGGAACUUGGUUGAUGCUUGGUAUGUGUUUGGGAGAAUGGGUGAGAGGGAUGUGUUUUCUUGGAAUGUGUUGGUUGGUGGGUAUGCGAAAGCGGGGUUUUUCGAUGAGGCGUUGAGUUUGUAUCAUAGGAUGUUGUGGGUUGGGAUUGUGCCUGAUGUGUAUACAUUUCCUUGUGUUCUAAGGACUUGUGGGGGAGUGCCGGACUUGGCGAGAGGGAGGGAGGUUCAUGUUCAUGUGAUUAGAUUUGGGUUUGAGUCGGAUGUCGAUAUUGUGAAUGCUUUGAUUACAAUGUAUGUGAAAUGUGGGGCGGUUGGUAGUGCGCGGGUGUUGUUUGAUAGAAUGCCUAGGAGAGAUAGGAUUUCGUGGAACGCGAUGAUUUCAGGGUAUUUUGAGAAUGGAGAGUGUUUGGAAGGGUUGAGAUUGUUUCUUAAGAUGAGGGAGUUUUCAGUUGAUCCGGAUUUGAUGACCGUGACUAGCUUGCUAUCUGCUUGUGAGGUUCUUGGUGAUGGCAAGUUAGGGAGGGAAAUCCAUGGCUAUGUUAUGAAAACAGAAAUGGUGGAGGAUGUUUCGGUGUGUAGUUCUUUGAUUCAGAUGUAUUCGGUUGUUGGGUAUUUGGGGGAAGCGGAGAAAGUCUUUUGUAGGAUGGAAGAUAAAGAUGUGGUGUUAUGGACAUCCAUGAUUUCUGGUUAUGUGAAUAACGCAUUGCCUGAGAAGGCUGUGGAAACCUACAAAGUGAUGGAGCAGGAAGGUAUUAUGCCAGAUGAAAUAACUAUAGCUACUGUUAUAUCUGCUUGUACUUGUUUAGGGAAUUUAGAUUUGGGUAUUAAGCUUCAUGAGCUUGCUGACAGGACCGGCCUUAUAUCAUAUGUGAUAGUUGCUAAUACUCUCAUUGAUAUGUAUUCCAAGUGUAAAUGCAUUGACAAAGCACUUGAAGUGUUCCACCAGAUCCCAGCAAAGAAUGUGAUAUCUUGGACUUCAAUCAUACUCGGUCUUCGGACAAACAAUCGGUGCUUUGAGGCUUUGAUUUUCUUUCGGCAAAUGAAGCUCGGGUUAAAACCAAAUUCUAUAACCUUAGUUUCUGUCCUAUCUGCUUGUGCUAGAAUAGGAGCUCUGAUGUGUGGAAAGGAGAUUCAUGCUCAUGCAUUAAGGACUGGUGUAGCAUUUGAUGGUUUUUUACCCAAUGCAGUUCUAGACAUGUAUGUAAGGUGUGGAAGGAUGGGAUCCGCGUGGAACCAGUUCAACCAUAACAAGAACGAUGUCACAGCAUGGAAUAUCAUACUAACUGGAUAUGCCCAGAGGGGGAAAGGAAGGAACGCCAUCGAACUAUUCCACACAAUGGCUGAGUCAAGGGUAGACCCAGAUGAGAUCACAUUUAUGGCACUACUAUGUGCUUGUAGUAGGUCUUGUAUGGUGAGUGAAGGUUUGGAGUAUUUCAUAAGCAUGAAGCUGAAUUAUGGCAUUGUACCUAAUCUGAAACAUUAUGCAUGCAUUGUUGAUCUACUUGGCCGAGCUGGGAAAUUGGCUGAUGCUCAUGAGUUCAUACAGAAGAUGCCUAUAAAUCCAGAUGCAGCUAUCUGGGGAGCCCUGUUAAAUGCCUGCGUGAUCCACAGGCAGGUUGAACUUGGUGAACUUGCAGCCCAGAAAAUAUUUGAAUUUGAUGCACACAGUGUAGGUUAUUACAUACUUAUCUGUAAUCUCUAUGCUGACAGUGGUAUGUGGGAAGAAGUUGCAAGGGUACGAAACAUGAUGAGGGAGAGGGGGCUAGCUGUAGAUCCUGGUUGCAGUUGGGUUGAGGUGAAGGGAAAAGUUCAUGCUUUCCUAAGUGGUGAUAACUUCCACCCUCAAAUAGAGGACCUCAAUGCAGUUUUGGAGGGAUUUUAUGAGAAAAUGAGAUCGGCGGCUUUGACAGAGCCAGAAAGUAGGCUUAACGAUGAAGUUGAAGCUUCAAAAGCUGAGAUCUUUUGUGGACACAGUGAGAGACUAGCAGUUGCAUUUGGCCUCAUCAAUACAGCCCCGGGGACCCCUAUAUGGGUGACAAAGAAUCUUUAUAUGUGCCAAAGCUGUCACAGUACUGUCAAGUUUAUCUCUAAGGUUGUGCGCCGGGAGAUUUGUGUAAGGGAUACUGAAAAGUUCCACCAUUUUAAGGAUGGCUUCUGUACCUGUGCGGAUGAAGGUUAUUGGGGAAAGCCAGAUAAUUGAGAAGCUAUACAAAUGUCGAGUAGAAUUCAGGCAUGAACACCUCCAGGUU